AUGGGUGCCGGUGCAAGUACUCCGUCGCCCGAGCCGCCUGCGGCUGGUGUAUGCCCUGUUGAUCACAAAACUCGCGAGGCCUGGUUGCAGCAGCACCAAGCAUCUGGCGGCGCUGCACCUCCUCACCCUCUACCCUCCGAAGACGGACAGGAAUCGAAAGGCAAAUCUCAGAGGCCUCUGUCAACCGACCGUGAAGUGAGCAGUAUACCGCGCGCCAUUGACACUACCUCCCAGCCGUCGAGUGCCGACUCGUCAAAUGCGCCCGCGUCACCUUACGCUGCCACGGCCGCAUCGCAUGGCACCCCAUCCAAUGCAGAAGCUGAAACCGGUCAUGACCCGAACACUGGAAACUGGAUCUAUCCGUCAGAACGGCAAUUCUUCGAAGCUCUUGUGCGCAAGGGCAACACUCCUAGCUCUACAACCUCCGCCUCCGAACUGGCGACUACCGUCGCUUCCAUCAUUCCUAUCCAUAACGCCGUCAAUGAGCGCGCCUGGCAGCAGAUCUUGCAAUGGGAAAGCCGGGCUCCCAUGUCGGACCCCGGUAGCAAAAAAUGUGGAGGCCCAAAGCUGUAUGCCUUCCGCGGUUUGGGUGUCGACCCGCAGUUCCUGAGCCCCCGCGCCCGUAUUAAUAACCUGAUGGGCUACCAGCUUCCCUUUGAUCGGCACGACUGGGUUGUUGAGAGAUGCGGUGGUGAAAGGAUUGAAUAUGUCAUCGAUUUCUAUCAAGGAAAAUCGUCGGGUGCAAACAAUGCUCCCGGCCUGGCUGCCAAUGCUGGACCCGGCAAGCUCAGCUUCUACCUGGAUGUCCGGCCGAAACUGAACACAGUGGAGGGCUGCCGCAUGAGAUUCAGCAAGUUUAUGGGACUAUAA